CCCCAGUGUACCUGUGGCCCAGCGCCCAGCUGACCAGGUACUGGGUUGACAGGGAGAAUUCGCCAUGUGCUCUGAGACGGGCUCCAGGUACACGGGCAUGCUGCUCUUGGCCUUGGCCACUGCAGCCAUCAUCGCCAACCUUCUACUCUACUUUCCCAACGGGCAGGUGCUGGAGCCUGCCAAGAUCACGGACUUCGUCUGGUUUUUCCAUGGCUUUCUUGGAGCUGGACUUUUGGUUAUGGUGCCAGCGCUAAUGCUGUUGAGAGGGGGUGGAGAGGGCUGCUGUGCUCAGAGAUGUGGGAUGCUGUUCCCUGUGCUUCUGGCCAUACAGGGCACUGUAGGGGCUGUGUACUGUGUGGUCAUUUCUUCACUAGGUUUGCUCAGCGGCCCCUUCUGUGAUACAGGCAGUGGAAACUACACCUACCCUUUCAGGAAUGACAGCCUGGAGGACAGCUACUUAUUCAACCAGCCCACAUGGGCCACCUGCCAAGAGCCUGAGCAUAUAGUCCUCUGGAACGUGGUCUUGUUCUCCAUCCUCCUGGGGAUUGGCAUCGUGGAAGCAAUGCUUUGCCUCAGUCAAGUCAUCAGUGGACUCUGUGACAUCUACUGUGGUACCUGCAUCCGAAAAGGACAGGAUCCCUCCACACGGCUGUGAUGCAGGAUGCACCUUAUUCAUCUCUGUCUCCCCAGUGCCCAGGGCAUAAUAGGCUCUCAAUAAAUGUUUAGUGGCUGGAUAAACGAAAGAAUGAAGAGUGAAUGUUCCAAACCUGCAAAGGGGUUCAGGAAAUGUAAUUAUGCAAAGUAAUUUAUACAGACUGACUGUGCAACUCUAAAAAGCUUCCUCUUUUUCUCUUCCUCUCUUCAUCACCCUGGCCCAGAUGUGGGAGUUCCCAAAAGGAAAAAAAAAGUCAAUUCUGAGUGGUUUCAUUUUGCAACUGUAGUUAAAUGUACUCUGUCGCUGGCCACCACCCAUCAGUUGGGGUUUAUAUAAAGUUCAUAGCAUGGGCCACACGGUUCUAAAUGUAGCACUGUGAUAUUGUGAUUUUAUAAUAAGAAAUAUAUUUUUGGUCUUCAUUCAUUUAUGGCACAGAACUCCUAAAAUCUUGGAAUUUCCUGAGUGAUAAAGGAGUCUUCUAUUAUUCAUCACAAACCCUUUUCAAAUCACACCUGAGUUAGUGUUAAUGCGGUGACUUUGGGAAAGCUCUUCAGGAUGGGGGCUGGUUGUCAGGGGAACCAACCAAGAUUUGAGGGUUGGAAUUUUCAGCACCCUCAUCUCUACCCUCUCCCAAAAAGCCAGAGUUUGGAGAGCUUCUGGGUUGGUGAACACACAGAGGGUGCUGGGA